AGCCGUCAUCGAUUCUAUUUCAACCUCCGAAUUAUUAUAAUUAAAUUAAAAAAGUCAUUUUUUUCCAUUGGUAACUUUUCCCUCUCUUAUAUUUAUAUAUAGUUCACCUACCCUUCUCUUUUAAUCUGUUAUUUUUCAUACCCAGAUCUCUCUUUCUCUGUAAUUUGACUCCAGUUUCAGGAAGUUCAUUAUGGCUCAACCGAAAACAAGAAUAGGUCUUGCUGGACUGGCUGUCAUGGGCCAGAAUCUUGCUCUCAAUAUUGCCGAUAAAGGCUUUCCCAUCUCUGUUUACAACCGAACCACAUCGAAGGUAGAUGAGACCGUUGAACGAGCAAAACAUGAAGGAAAUCUUCCGGUUUAUGGAUACCAUGACCCUGAAGCUUUUGUUAAUUCCAUUCAAAAACCAAGGGUGAUAAUAAUGCUUGUUAAGGCCGGCGCACCUGUUGACCAGACCAUUAAGACUCUAUCUACCUAUUUGGAAAAGGGUGAUUGUAUUAUUGAUGGUGGUAAUGAGUGGUAUGAGAACACUGAAAGAAGAGAGAAAGCAGUGGCUGAAUUAGGACUUCUUUAUCUUGGGAUGGGAGUUUCAGGUGGUGAGGAGGGUGCUCGCAAUGGUCCAUCUUUGAUGCCUGGUGGUUCGUUUGAGGCUUUCAAAUACAUAGAAGACAUUCUUCUCAAGGUGGCAGCUCAAGUCCCUGACAGUGGACCUUGUGUUACAUAUGUUGGCAAAGGUGGAUCCGGAAAUUUCGUGAAGAUGAUCCAUAAUGGAAUUGAGUAUGGUGACAUGCAGCUGAUUGCGGAGGCUUAUGAUGUACUGAAGUCAGUUGGAAAGUUGUCAAAUGAGGAGCUACACAAUGUCUUUGCAGAAUGGAACAAGGGAGAACUUCUGAGUUUCCUUAUCGAAAUCACUGCUGAUAUAUUUGGAAUUAAGGAUGAUAAAGGAGAUGGAUAUCUUGUUGACAAGGUUCUUGACAAAACCGGCAUGAAGGGUACUGGUAAGUGGACUGUUCAGCAAGCUGCCGAGUUAUCAGUAGCUGCUCCCACUAUUGAAUCUUCUUUGGAUGCUAGGUUCCUUAGCGGGUUGAAGGAAGAGAGAGUUGAAGCUGCUAAGGUCUUCAAAUCAGCUGGUUUUGGCGAUAUCUUGGCUGAUCAAUCCGUAGACAAGCAGCAGUUGAUCGAUGAUGUUAGGAAAGCACUUUAUGCGGCCAAAAUCUGUAGCUAUGCUCAGGGAAUGAAUUUGAUUCGUGCAAAGAGUAUCGAAAAAGGAUGGGAUUUGAAGUUGGGUGAACUGGCCCGGAUUUGGAAAGGAGGUUGCAUCAUUAGAGCAAUAUUCCUUGACAGAAUCAAGAAGGCUUACGACAGGAACCCCAAUCUGGCAAACCUUCUUGUUGAUCCUGAGUUUGCAAAGGAAAUAAUUGAUCGCCAAUCCGCCUGGAGGAGAGUUGUUUGCCUUGCCAUCAAUUCCGGUAUCAGCACCCCAGGUAUGUCUGCUAGUCUUGCUUACUUUGACACUUACAGAAGGGAAAGAUUGCCGGCUAAUUUGGUGCAAGCUCAACGUGACUACUUUGGUGCUCAUACGUAUGAAAGGAUCGAUAUAGAGGGAUCGUUCCAUACCGAAUGGUUCAAGCUUGCCAAGCAAUCAAAAAUUUAGGUUACUGUAUUUGGACCUAUCUGAAUUUCUAAUAAAUGUACUGUUUUGUGCUCAAGACUUUGUGCUGAGCUGAGCAUAAAUAUCUGCUACAAUGUGGUGAUUUUUUACCCCUGAAUUAUAUAUAUCCAUUUAUGAAUUGCUUGGAUUUUGGUCUUCCAAAGAUUCUUGCAUCUUUGCUGAUCAUGCAGUUAGCUUGAUUCAAAAUUUUCCAUUUCAUGGUGCCUUUGUAAUUUUCACAUUUCAAUAAGAUGUUCCCUGUUGGAAGUUA